AUAAAGUGCUUUAUGUUUUAGGACACUGUAAUCUCAGAAAGCCAGCGAGAAGAAUCCAAAUUGUUCGGCAAUCAUGGCAACGGACCUCCCUGUUCUUUUAGCUGCGGUGUCAUUAUUAUCUGGUCUUCACAUGGGGUACAUAGCCAGACGUGUGGGAUGGUCCAGAAUGAAGCACAAAAUUAUGCCACCUGUUGUCACUGGUCAUCCAGAAUUUGAGAGAACAUUUCGUGCCCAACAGAACUGUGUGGAGUUUUACCCCAUCUUCCUGAUGACCUUGUGGAUUGCUGGGCUUUUCUGUAAUGAAGAGCUAGCCGCUAUUGGAGGAAUUGUGUAUAUUGUGGCCCGAGAGAUGUAUUUUGUUGGCUACUCUACCUCGACUAAGAAAAGGUUGCCAGGAUUUUCUUUGCAAUUGGUUGCACUUAUAAUCCUGGCUGUCAUGGCAGCCAGUGGGAUUCUUCAUGCAAUCUUGGACAAAUACCUUGACAUCAACCUCCUUUCCAGAUUCUGGUGAAAAACAGAGUCAAUGGAACAAAUACUCUCUCUCAAAUG